CCACUGUCACCCAGAAUAGCCGAAAAGGCUGCAGGUGACCCUCCUCCCCCCGAACCGCACCAAGCCAAGGGACCACCCCGAACUGUGGUGCUGUUUCUUCGCUGGCCAUGCUGUGGCGCGUUGGUCCCUAGCUAGGUACGAUAGUGAGUAGUUAUAAACUCGGUGUUAUCGUGGUUAUGACAAGAAGGCCAUUCCUCCCACGAAGUAGCAUAUUCCUGUCUGUCCCUCCAAGCCUGAAGCGAGUGCUAGCGACACGCCCUGACUGGCUCGCGAGCAGCCAUUCCUUCCAAAUCGCCGGGUUAAUGACGGCGUCGUAAAAAAUUUGAGGUGCCUAGGAACAGAGGCGUCUUUUGUAGCACAGUUUCCAAGUACAGAGAUUCCUCACCGACACUUUCAGUAGCCAGUUUCGUCACGAGAAACAAACCGAAUUUCUCGUAAACUUUGAAGAUGCCUGGCCUGCUCAAGCACGGGAAACUGUCAUGGCGUUUCCGAUCCUCAAUUUCCGAGAUUGAGACUCCGCAAGAUGCGUGUCUUCAAGUUUCGCCGCCUCUGGUUGAUGAGUCAACGGCAGCGAAACCGUUUCCUGAUAAUGCAACAGAGGCGACGUCUGUAGCUCCUGGCGACUUAACUGUGACGGACAAAACCUUAAAAACUGCAAAUUCUGACAGCGACAGAAGUUGCAACGGCUCUCCAAGGUCGCGAGUGGCAGAAGCCGGGAGUUCAGCACCGGGUAGAUCGCCCUCGGCCAAUGGGAGUAAAGCAGGAAGUACGCCAAUCAGUAGGAAGUUAUUGCUCUCGCCCGGCUGGAAGAGGGUAUUUAGCGGAACUAGCCCGCUGAACUGCAGCGGCGCUCGGCGCGCUUACCUGGACGACUGCGAGAGCUGGGUGGAUUCAGUGGAGGCUGAAAUGGAGGACAUUCUGAAUGAUUGGGGGGCGCUGGAGUCGCUCGUGAAGCAGAGGGCCGAGGUAGCGAAGCAGCCUAUAGCGAAUUUCUGCAUGAGGAAGUCUGUCAGCUGCGACUCGUUGGUAUCCUUGGCGGAAUAAGGGGGGAAGGGGGAGGACGGGAUGGGGUGGGGGGAGGGGGUUGGGGGGUGAAGUGGGAAAGCCGAUCCCGCAGAAGGGAGGGGACAAGACAAGCAUCCGAAACAUACUGCAUGCAGCUACUGGUGGAGGGUGGGGGGACCGAUAAGCGGAAGGGUGGGGGGACCGACAACGGCGGCAGGAAAAAAAAUAGCUGUGCCGUUUGCGGGCUCCUUCGGCGGGUGAGGGGGGUAGUGGCACCGCAAUGGGUUCGGGUUGGGUGAGGGAAAAACCUGGGAGCAAGUACAAGAAGGCUGGGAAAGAUGAAUGAAUAAGUUUUCCCCUCUCUGAUGGGGGUGAUAAAAUGUUCCAGGUGAACCCUGGCUGUGAGGGUGGGUGGGUGGGCACAUGUGAAAAUAGUACAUCAUCCAGUCGUCCAUCCAUUUUUGUCUGGAACACAAUCGAUUGUUGUCUUUAUCAACUUCUCACUGUGUUCAGACCUGAUGACAUGCUCAGAAAUAAUGCAUUUCAGGAGGGGUAUGUCGCAUACACACCAUUAUGGUUCUGCAAUGGAAUACCCCAGUGUGCAGGUUGCUUCCACUUCCUAAUAUUCCUCGCUGGUCUAGGAAAAGAUGGGGUACACUCCAUAGGAAUAUAUAGAUACGUAAUAGUUGUGAAAACGUAAGGUAUCGUGAAGUGACAAUGUACAGUGUGUGCGCUGUGUACAUUGCAGGAAUGCAGCACGGUUUCGAUGUUAUUUCAUCUGGCCGAUCUCCGCCCCAGCACAGUAACCUUGUGUUUUGUUCUGGCUGGCCCUCUCAGGGCGUGUCCUAGGUGAAGAAAAUCUCGUUAUUAGUUUCUGGUGGAGCUCGGUUAUGCAGAUUUGAGUCGUGGUCUGUGCGUUGUAGUAGUCUUCAGUGUGAUAACCUUUUCAAAAUCGGCACUCAGGACAAGCCCUGAGAGCUUAUU